CCGAAACCGCUCCCAUCCUCACCCCGCCUCCCGCUUCCCCGGCGCUAGCCUCCGCCGGCGGAACCCACUAUGCCAGACAGUUUCGACACUUUGCAAAGACAAAGGACCCUAGACCUGAGGGAGGAAAGAGAGGAGGAAGAAGAGGAGGCGACAGAGGAGGACGAGAUGAUGUGAGCUGGCAAGGAUUCCAUCUUAGGAGCUGCAAAUGGCAGCAAGAGGCCAUCAGCCUUUGCAGGGGCCGUGGUGAGCAGCACUCGGAGCUGUGGGUAGGACAGUUCCAUCUGUGGAUCAGACAUGGACAGUCACCCAGCCAUCUGAGGAAUUGGGCGGGCAGCUUUAUCCCGACUGGACACUGUGACACUCCUCCAGCCCUUGGUGACCAGAGAUGGUUCCUGCCAGACACCUGCUGAUGACUGACAACCUCUGUCCCUUUGUUGAGAUGCCUGCUUAACCCUCACCUCCCUGGGAGAGACGAGAUUCUGAUUAAGGGUCUUCACAAAGCACACUUUCUGGAGAAAGGUGGCCAAGUCAGUGUCCAUGCUAAGACCCUGUCUUCCUGCUUCUCAUUUGAGGGUCCCUGGCCUGCCACAAGAUUAACGACUCCUGAACCCCUUUGGGUGAAAAAGAAAAUCUCUGUCAUCGUGGUGAUAAAGCUUCACCAAGAGACACUCUCAGCUCUCAGGCUGGCAGAAGAGGUGGGCUACUUUAUUUCCUAAAUGAUACAGGGCCAGCACACUGUGGAUGGCCUUUGAGUGCCACACUGGGAUGUCCAGAAUACAGGGCUGGCUGCUUCUCUGUGGGACUGAAGUCAGCCUGAGCAGCCUUUGAGGCCUCCUUGGGGACCCCUGUCUCCUCUGGCCACACCUGCAUCUCUGGAAUUUUCUUCAGAUUUUCUCAGCUAGGUGGGAUUUCACAGAAAGUGAAGAUGGUGGUCAUGAGAAAGAGAAUCUUUAAGUUGCUCACCUUCCUUGUGCUACUCAUCUUCAUCACCUCCUUCUUCCUCAACUACUCCUCCACCGGGGUGCCAACCACCUGGUUCCCCAAGCAGAUGGUUCUGCAUCUCUCAGCGAACCUCAGGAAGCUUAUCAAGUCCCAGCCAUGCACCUGUGCACACUGCAUCAGCCAGAGCAAGGUCUCAGACUGGUUCGACCAGCGCUUCAACCGGACCAUGCAGCCCCUGCUCACCGUCCACAAUGCAGCACUACAAGAGGACACCUACCAGUGGUGGAUGAAGCUGCAGCGGGAGAAGAAGCCCAACAACUUGAGUGACACCAUCAAGGAGCUGUUCAGAGUGGUGCCUGGGAAUGUGGACCCUGAGCUAAAGAAGAAGUCGGUGGGCUGCCGGCGCUGCGCUGUCGUGGGCAACUCAGGCAACCUGAGGGAGUCCUCGUAUGGGCCUAAGAUAGAUAAUCACGACUUCGUGCUGAGGAUGAACAAGGCACCCACCAUGGGGUUUGAGAUGGAUGUCGGGAGCAAGACCACCCACCAUCUUGUAUAUCCCGAGAGCUUCCGGGAGCUGGGGGAGAACGUCAGCAUGGUCCUGGUCCCCUUCAAGAUCACUGACCUGCAGUGGGUGAUCAGUGCCACCACCACAGGCACCAUCUCUCACACCUAUGUCCCUGUUCCCCCGAAGAUCAAAGUGAAACAGGAAAAGAUACUGAUCUACCACCCGGCCUUCAUCAAGUAUGUCUUUGACAACUGGCUGCAGGGCCAUGGGCGGUACCCGUCCACCGGCAUCCUCUCUGUCAUCUUCUCUAUGCACAUCUGUGAUGAGGUGGACUUGUAUGGCUUCGGGGCAGAUAGCAAAGGGAACUGGCACCACUACUGGGAGAACAACCCAUCGGCAGGGGCUUUCCGAAAGACAGGGGUGCACGAUGCUGACUUUGAAUCCAACAUCACGGCCACCUUGGCGGCCAUCAACAAAAUCCGGAUCUUCAAAGGGAGAUGACGCUGCAAAGGGUUAAGGAUGGAUGCACCACGUCUGCUGCUCCUCCUGAUGUCCAGCCACAGCAUCUCACUGGAGCCAGUCCAUUCUAGAGGCUUCUGGGCCAGCUCGGGGAGUGCCAGUUGUGCUCACGGCCUCUCACACCUCCACUUUUGGCAGCAUCUACUCAGCAAAGCCACCUGGCAGCUCUGCCAUGGCUGCAGAGCAAGUCUUGGGCCUUUCUCUCAUCACUGACCCUGAGCUGGCAGAAGGUCAGGACAUGCUGGGAAAGGUCCAGUCUCCAAACGGAAAAGUUAUUUAGAUCCUGGGUUCAAUGGAACAAAUAUUGAGAACUCCCAUAUUAUAAAAGAUAAUUUCUCGGGAAGGUGGGCAGAGGCUGGCUGCUGCUGAACCUUCCACAGCUGACUCUCAAACACAACUCUGGCUGGCUAAGAUGUUUUUGAGUGAUGGCUACCUCUGGGACAAAGCCUCGGUGAGCCACCAGAUGCUGCCCUUCUUUGCACGAAGCCUGGCCUCUUGCUUGGCGUGAAAACCCCAUGGUCAUCCCUUUCUCCCUGCAGCUCACUGGUGACCGGGAAAGGCUUCUGACCCCAAACAUCUCCCUGCAAACAUGACCACAGGAGCAGAGGCCUCCCCGAGACAUGUCCCUUUGAAUGCUCAACUCUCAUGGUUAUACUUACAGCCAAGAGCAGGUCUGUCUACUUCCUAGUGCCUUUGAACUUGGGGAAGAAAUGCAUGCAUUGGCUGAAGUGAGAUCAAAGCUCCACCUUGAGAAAGGGGAGCCCCACCAGCACCCGUCUUUGCUGCAUAGCAGGAACCUCUUUUCUAACUAGUUUGCUGAGCCAGCUCCUGAAUUGUAUCAAAAUUCAAUGCUACUCAGCACCACCUGAUGCACGUCUGCCAUGGAACGUCCACUCAUAUUUCUGCGGACUGUUGGGUUUGGUGCCCAUGACUUUCCAAAGCCACGCAAAAGCCCCUGACAGCCAGCAUUUUCCCGGAGAGCCCCAGCACUAAGGGGAGACCACCUUCAUGGUGUCCUAGGGGUCAGGGUGGGGACAUCCAAGGAAUGGUGACUGGCUCUACAUACCUCGUUGUCUCCUCACUCCUGUCUGCUCUCUCCCCUCCUGUGCCACCUUCCUGAUUAUUUAUUGAUUUUUUUCAAUUCAGCUGACAACUGUGUGCAUGCUGGCUCUGCUGCUCCUGGUGUUUUCUUAACCUUUCAACGCUUUGCCCAGCAUCUGGGAAUGGAGAGUGUAGAGGAAGUCCCCUGAAACUCUUAUGUGCUUGUUUGGGGGUUGCUGGGGUGCAGGUCCAGGGUGACACCAGUAAUUAGUGAAAUGAUUCGUGUCACCUCAUCUUCCAGCACGACCUUCCUCUUUCUUGCAGGCUUGUCUCACUCAGGCUAGGGGCCUACCCCCGCUCAGUGGCAGCUAACUGGGUGGAGGAGUGGCCCAGCAGGCACAGGGGGCAGUAACUGUUGCCCCCAGUUAUAAUGUUCAAUCAGAGAAAUCGCUUUUCCUGUUGAAAGCGUUUGGCUGAGUAUGAAAAGUACAGUCCUGGGAACCAUGGGUCCUGCUCUCCCUGGCUUGGAGUCCCCUUUGCAGCGUGGGGGGGAGGAAUUACCAGCAUAGGGUCCUUGAUCAGGGGCCUCACAUGACUUAGGCGUCUGAAAGAGUCCCCAGAAAGUGUACAACAAUGUUGCUAUUUUCCCAAGUUUGUGCAUACCAGCAUUUUUGGUUAUCUUUUGUUAGAGUCUCAAAGACUCAGAAUCCAGGCUUUUUGGGAGAAAAAAAAAAACCAAACAACUUGUUUUAGUCUUAUAAUCUUCACAAAUUUAUGACUCUCUUGGCUGACAGAGACUGGUGAAUCGCUGUGAGGUCCUUGUUCUGGGUUGGCAUGCUGGAAGGCUAGAGAUCAUGGCCAUACUCCUGUGAAGAACUCGGAUGUUUUUUGGCCAGCUAAUCAAUUCCAGAGAUGGACUUGAGUUAGGUGGACAUGGGCACAGAGCAGUGUUGGCCCCAAGUCCUCCCCUGUGCUAAGAGUUGGGUCUGUGAAAGGCGUGACAGGGUGAGGAUCAGCUGUGUACUUCCUGUAGGUCCCUUUGUGUGAGAACAGGCCCCAGAAGUGAGGCUGUGGCCAUGUCUGAGCUGGAUGCCACCUGCGUCCUUGCCUGGUCCAUCUGCCCCUCCCACUCUUCCUUCUUCCCCUGAGAAUGUUAAGGCCGUACAAUAUCUUCUAGCCCAUAAAUCUGCCCUCCAUUUUACAUAUGAGAAAGAAGGCUCAGAUAAGGGAUAUGACUUACAAAAGUGACCCAGUUGUGACAAUAGCACAAGUCAAAGAGUUUGGUGUUGACUCCAUGUUUAAAAUGCCCGCAGGUAGGCUCACCCAGCCAGACUCAUUGAGUCCAAAAAGCUAAGAGACCAUAUGUGUCAGCCCUUGGCUCCUCCUCUCAGCACUGGUCUCCAUCUUCAGGCUACAGAGUGGCCCUGGGCAAGCCCAUCUCUGUCUCCACGCACCCUCCAGUGGAGGGGCCAAUGUUUACCUUUCCCAUAACCCCCAGACACUGCCUGUGUCUCACUGUCUUAGCAAUGGGCACUUAACUGAAUAAAAGCCAGUUCUUAUCCAGAAGUAAACGCACCAAUUAGCUUAACCAAUUGGUGCUUCCCUUCCCCUGGGGUGUGGGUGGCUGAGAGCCUGGCAGGAGUGGUUCUGCAAAGAGAGAGAGCUGGUUGACAGCAGGACAGAAGGGCCUUGCUGGAAAGCUGCAACCCUGGCCUCUGGACGGCAGGGAGCAGAGGGACUGCCUAUAAGGCAGAGCUGAACCGCACACUGAGGAUCUGCCCAAGGUCCCAGGGAGUCGCAGCACCAUCCCAGCUCCAUCCCAGCUUUGGGCUCCUAGCAAAUCAGGAGACCAAGUUUCUAGAGCUGGCACCCUGUCUUCCCCUGCCCUCACCCAACAUUAGGGGAGAAAGAAGGUCAGAGUUGUGACCUUUGAGUUCCCAGAGGGAAAGGACUGAGAAGGGAAUCCUGAAGCUGACACCUUGAGAUACUGGCUUUCCAGAUGCCAGGCAUCAUCCACAAACCACAAUGGUGGCCUGGGUGGAAGAAGUCAGAGAGAAGGAAAGAAAACAUAAAAUGGGGGAACCAGCAAGAGACAGUGAGAGCCAAUAGGGUCUGGAGAUUGUUUUAGGGAAAUGGCAGACUGGGGGGCCUGGAUGGAACCCUAGUGUCUGCUAUGGUCACAGGAGGUCAGUAGAGGCCAGUCCUGCUCCCUACCCCCAUGAAUGAGGUGUCCCUUUAGAGAUGGAUGAGAACAUUUAGAACUGUGAUGUUUGCUUUACCUUUUCCUGUCAAAGUAGCCUGAAAACAAGGGAAGUAGGGAAUGAGAGAACUCCCUCCCUCCCUUGGUUAUGACGAAAGAUGCUUCCUCAGGAAGGGGGGCCUGAGUGGCCACUGUCCAGCCAGAGAGGGCUAGAUGCUGCGUGUGUGCUCAGAAACCAGUACCUCUCCUCUUCCCCUCCCAUCAAGAACUCAGGGACACAAUAAACAUUGUGUCCAUUGUGGACCCCUGGUUUUCAGCAUAGGUGACCCUAUGCCACAGGACUGCUACUGCUCACCCCUGUGGGCUGAGCUGGCCAGUUUUUAGACAAGAGUUAGCUUUUGUCCUCUGUCAUGAGCAAAUCCAUUCUUGUGCCCCUUGGGUGCUAUCUUAUACCUGUGGGAAGAACAUGGGUUGGGGAGGAGAAGACAGACAGAGCAGUAUGCAAACCAGCUUCAGGGAAUCAGCAACCUUUUUUAUCAAACAGCACUGAAUCCCCCCAGGUGGCCUGUGUGCGUCCCUCUCCUGUUCUCCUUCCAGCCGUCAGGACUCCAGCACACACUCAGCUCUGCCCUGGCCCUAGCCUACUGUCUGCUGCCCCCUGCCAAGGGUCCUGAGUGGCAGCUUUAACUCCAGCCUCAUCAGGAACCCCACUCUCCCACACUAGGGUAGCCAUGGGUCACUGUCUUUCCCCCUGCACAAUCACUUUAUCCCUUCACUGAAUCCCCCUCAAAGCCAAAGUUCCUUGAGCACUUUCCUCCUUUGCAAUCUCCAUUUUGUGUCGGUGAUGGUUUCAAAUUUGCUUUCUUUUCCCUUCGCCUCUCGUGUUUAUUUUGCAGCUAAGCAGUGAUUGAUCUGAAUGCAUUUUGAAUGAUGUUAGCGAGUCCGCCUCCCUCAAGCUCCUGCUCUUGUUUUAUUUAUUGUUGAAUAUUUCCAAUGACCCAAAUCAAA